GCGCAUGCAAGCACGAAGCGGCAGCGGAGCCCGAGGACGGAGGCGGCGCACCUGCACCCGACGCGCGACGUGUGUUCUUCAUCUUCGAUCUUCACUCGACGACGGCGCGCGGCAAAAGGGCGCGGGACGCGGUCGACACAAUAUUUAUAGGCACGCCAGCGAGAGUGCCGUGUGCAAAAGGCGCGCUGCGCGCCCCGCGCGUCUCGCGAUCCCCGGCGCGUCGCCAUUGGUCAAAAUAUACAUAUUGUUGUACAUAUGUAAAUAUUAGUAUAAAAAGCGUUGUUCUGGAAUAAAUCGAACAUUCUUGACUCAUCUCUCGCCGGAGUUUUAUUAACAACUAUCUAAGAAGAAACCCUAACUAUUAGGACACUAGGCUCUCCUACCUAGCUCCUAAAGUGGUGACCCCGACGUGAUACUGCCGGUCGACGGAUCUUCAAGAAUCGCCUCCUAAUAAAAUCAAGAAUCAAGCUCGUCGUAAUGUCCAACGAGAAAGCGCCGGAACUCUCGAGCGUGUCGACGUCGCUGCGCAUCCCACCCAUAUGGCGCGACAGGAUACGGCUGUGGUUCGCCCAGUUUGAAGCCAUCAUGUCGCCACAGAAGAAGGGUGACCAAGCUAUGUUCGAGCUUGUCGUCGGCCAUCUGGAACGACAAGACCUCGACGAAAUCUCCGAUAUAAUUCUUCACCCGCCCGACAGAGACCGCUACGAAGCCCUGAAGAAUAGGUUACUCCAGGUCUACGAGGAAUCAGAGCAACGUCAAGUACAGAGGCUGCUCUCGGAGAUGGAAUUAGGCGACUUAAAACCUUCACAGUUACUUCGCCGCAUGAAGAACCUCGCAGCUGAAAACAUCUCAGACGCUGCGCUUCGUAUCAUGUGGACCAACCACCUCCCCCAGUCCGUGCGCGCAGUCCUCGCUGUCAGCGAUAACAUCGCGAAACAUUCCGACAUCCACGAACUAGCGAUGAUGGCGGACAAAAUUCUAGAACAAACACAACCUCACGGCACGGUCGCUGCAGUCACCGAGAACCCCACAUUCCCCCGCACACCUGCAUGUCUUGAAGACAAAAUCGACAUGCUAACGAGGGAAAUCGCAGAACUCAAGGCAGCCCAAUCAAACCAUCGCUGCAACCAGAGAUCGCCGAGGCGGUCUCAGAACAGAUCGCGAUCGUCAAGCCGACAUCGCCCCCACCCCCGACAGCGUAGUAACACUCCACGCCGCACGGAACAAUCACAUGGAGUGUGUUACUACCAUCGUAGGUUCGGGAAAGAGGCGCAGCGAUGCACGCGCCCAUGUAAUUUCCAAGAAAACGCCCGUCCGGAAAACUAAAAGCUGCGUUGGAUGCGGCGGGAACCGGCGCAACUACUACGUCAUACCGCCUAUUUAUAACAGACAGAAACUCACGUCUGUCAUUUUUAAUUGAUACCGGAGCUAACGUCUCUGUCAUCCCCAAAAGAAAAGGCGUGAAGA